AUGCACUUCGCUACUUUCCUCCCCGUUAUGGCCUUCGGUGCCGCUCUCGUCCAGGCUGUCCCUGCUGACGACCUCGUCGCCAGAGGAGCUGUCUGUGUUGACAGCGACAUGGCUCGUGUCCGCGCUGCUGAGAGCUCCCCCGUUACCUUCUGUAACAACUGGAUCAACGCUGCCACCCACUCUUCCUCGCCUGUCAACGGCUUGACCAUGAAGCGUGUCUCGGCUGCUUGCCAGUGUAUCGUCUCUGAGGCCAAGAAGGCUGCUGCUUCCUCCUCCAAGGCAUCGGCCCUUUCGGUUGCCUCCAAGUCCCGCGCUUCUGCCUCUUCUGUCCUCUCUGCCUCCAGAGCCUCUGUCUCCAAGUCUAAGGCUUCCGUUGCCUCAGUCUCCAAGGCUUCCCGUGUCUCGGUCGCUUCGGUCUCCAAGGCCUCUGCCAUCUCUCGCGUCUCUGCUGCUCAAGCUUCGGCUGCUGCUUCCAGAGCUUCUGUUGCCUCCGUUUCCAAGGCUUCCGUCUCCAGCUCGCGUGCUUCUGUCGCCUCCGUCUCCAAGGCCUCUGCCGCUUCUCGUGUCUCGGCUGUUCAGGCUUCCAUCUCUUCUUCCAAGUCCCUCGCUGCCUCCAUCUCCCGCGCCCAGGUCUCUGCCUCUCAGGCAUCUGUCAUCUCCGUCUCCAAGGCUUCCCGCUCUUCGGCCAUGCUUGCUUCUCAGUCUAGCGCUCACAUGGUCGCCGCUUCUCAGGCUUCCGUCUCCGCUGCCUCUGUUGCCUCUGCCAAGUCUGUUGCUGCAUCCGUCUCCAGAGCCGAUGCUUCUUCCUCCAGACUCGCUUCCGUCUCCGCCUCCAAGGCCUCGGCUGCUUCUGUUGCCUCUUCCAUCUCCUCCGCAUCUUCUGUCUCCGCUGCCUCCGCUGCCUCUGCCGCCAAGGUUUCCAGCAUUGCCUCUCGCUCAUCUGCCUCUGCUGCUUCUCUUGCUUCUUCCAUCUCUGCCGCUUCGGUCUCCCGCGCUUCGGUCUCUGCUGCUCGUGCCUCGGACGCCUCCGUUGCCAGCUCCAUCUCUUCCGCCUCCAAGGUCUCUGCCUCCUCGGCCAUGUCUGUCUCUCGCGCCUCUGUCGCCUCUGCCUCGCGUGCCUCCGUCUCUGCCUCGCGCGCCUCGGUCGAGUCUGCCUCUCGCGCAUCUGCCUCUGCCUUUGCCACCGCCAUUGUUCCCUUCAACGGCACCACCAACGCCAACCGCUUCCGCCACUAG